GGACAGCAGUUGUGGUGUUAGACUGACUAUCGACUGGUUUGAACGAAAUCAAUGAGGUUAUUCGUGGAGCGCAAAAGCCUACAACUCCCAUGAUGCCCCGGGCCGUAAAGUACGUAGGUGUUUCCGGUGUCCUGUAAGAUUUUACUUCCCUCUGCUCGGAUCGACGCGACAAACCCAAGAAAGAAGACGUUUCAAACUACCGAAUGUCGUAAAAUACAGUCGUCUGUUUAGCUACACUUCGUUAAAUGAACAUUUAAAAGUGUGCAGUAUGUGGUGAGCUGUGGCUGAAAAAGGAAGAACCGUCGGAUACGUUGAUCGAAGCUUUAGGCCUAGCAAAUAAAGUUUGGUCGAGGGCCUGUAAACAACAUGUCCUCCACAUCGCAGCCCUCCUCGAGGCGGCAAUGGUGCUACCUCUGCGAUCUACCCAAGAUGCCCUGGGCCAUGUUGUGGGAGUUUAGCGAAGCCGUAUGCCGGGGAUGCGUCAACUACGACGGCGCGGAUAGAAUCGAGCUCCUUAUUGAAACCGCCAGACAACUGAAGAGUACACAUGGAGUUUUGGAGGGCAGGUCUCCUGGCCCACAGCAGAGCAAACCCAGUUCGACUGGGUCCAUGGAAGCCGGGCGACCGCAUGGAGAACGUCUCGACAGGGGGAGGGGUGAGUACGGGGUAUCAGCUCGCCUGCCUAAUGGUCUGCACAGAGCUGAGGAUGUCGCGUUAUCAGAAAGCAGCCGACAGAGCCCGAACACUCGCAGGGCGAUGGCUGGGGCCGUUCCGAGUCUCCACGGAACGAUAUCCCAUGCGUUGAUUGCACAGGGGUUAGUCGCGUCCCCACAUGGUCUCCUAGCGCCAAUAUCUGGAUCCAGAUCGGGGGGCAAUCCCAUUUCGGUCUCAGCUGGCCCCAUCAUGAGCGACGCUUCCAGAAGACAGGCUGUGGCUCUGGGCGUGGGUGCGAGCACGUCUGCUCUGGUGGGCAUCGAUCCAGCGGCGUGGAGGAACAGCGAAGUGAUGGCUGAACUCAAUGAAGUGGCACGCAGCAAGGUGGAAGGCUGGCCAAACAGACCGAAAGUUGUCAGGGAUGUUCUUCUGGCUCUAAGUACCUGUGUUCCCUUUACUGUGCGCUUCCGGAAAGACCACAAUCUCUUGGGCAGGGUUCUGGCCUUUGAUGCCAGUGCCACCGCGGAGUUCGAGCUCAAGGUUUUUGUGGAGUACCCUAUUGGUUCCGGGAUGAUAUUUUCGGGAGUUCCGGACCUGGUCAGGCAGAUGUUCCGUGACUCCGCCAAGGAUGCCGGUAAAGCGGUGAACUCUGGCUUACGCUACGUGGAAUACGAGAAGCGACAAGGGAGCGGAGACUGGCGGGGGUUGUCUGAGCUUUUAAAUGACGGCGUGCGCAUGUUUAAGGAGCCGCCCAUCCCCGAAGUUCUUCCGCAGCCUGAUCCCGUUUUGCCCAUGGCGGUGGCCGCCCGUUCUGGACCGGCCAAGAGCACAACUCGGCGCCGCAAAGCCUCUCCGGGCUCAGAGAAUGGCGAGAGUGAAGGCAGAACCGAUCACCCCUCCAGAGAGGUGUGGUCCAGAGGCGCUUACCCGGGAAUGGAACCUCUUCCGGGAAUGGCCGUCCCUCCAGACGCCCCCCCUCGUUUACACAGCCAGCCCUCACCCAUGUCUGCGCUCAUGGGGGUAACCGACAGCCUAAGCUCCAGCCAGGUAGCCAGAGCCAGCCCCGGCAUGUCCUCAGCCCACUCCUCCACGGCCGGGCGGGCCGCCACAAGCAGCCCCUCUGCCGCCACCGCCUCCACCUCAGUCUCUCAAGUGCCCGUGGGCCUGAGCAGCAGCACGGGUAGCGGGGAGUCGACCAGCGGUGGGAGUCAGGGCACCCUGCUCUGCUGCACUCUUUGCCGAGAGCGCCUGGAGGACACCCACUUUGUCCAAUGUCCCUCUGUCCCGCAUCACAAGUUCUGCUUUCCCUGCACCAGAGGUUUCAUCCGCAGCCAGGGCCAAGGAGGAGAGGUUUACUGCCCGAGCGGAGAGCGCUGUCCCCUGGCUGGAUCCACUGUGCCAUGGGCCUUCAUGCAGGGCGAGAUCUCCACCAUUCUGGCUGGGGACGGAGACGUGUCAGUAAAGAAAGAGAGUGACCCUUGACAUCACCGUCCUCUGAGCAGCGAGGAUGUUGUUGAUGAUCCCAAAGCACUUCCUUACCACGUCAAGCAGAGUCUGCCCUCUCUGCAGUUCAACAUGUGCCUCUCAGCGACUGAAGAGCUCCCACGUCAAAAGAGGAUGAGACUGCUGGCUUAAAGGACACACAAGACUCGUGCUUUUCAUCAGGUCAUUUUCAAUGUCUACAAUUGAAAGCACACCCUUUUUGAACAACUGAAACAAAAACAUUUUUUUUUAUGUUGGCAAGUAUCUUUGGUUCAAAUCGAUACUGAUCGUUUGACCGAUAUAUAUGCUCCACAAACAAAAAAAAGAAUGUCAAAAAUGUUCUGUUCUCAAAAGAGCAAUUUUUUUCUUUAAAACCCAGGAUUGAGUUUAUGUAAUCUUACUUUGUCUCAUAUAGGUCUGUCAGAUCUGUGAAUUUCCUUUCAAUAUGGCUGUAAUUUCUAUUUUUGAUACAAUUCAAAGUUCAUUCAUUCUUGUUUUGUUAGUAGUAAUAAGACCAAAGAUGGCAUCGUACUCAAGUGUCAUUUAUUUUAUUUUUGUGGUGUGUAUGUUGUGUGAUAACCAGGCCACCAGUCACUUAAUUUCUUUCACUGACGUAAGCUUUAUUUACUUUCUGAAAAAAAUUGUAUACAAGAUAAUUAGCACCACAAUCUUCAAUAGUUACCAACAUACUUGUGAUCUCAAUGGAUCAAAUUCAACAGUAAAUUGCAAAGUACGGUAGUUGAAUUGCUGUCUGCCUGUCUUUUACUGUUUAUAUCUGUCUCAGAAUUGCUACAGAUCCUCAGAUUAAAACUUUUUUUUUUUUUUUUUUACAAAUUUUAUUCAAUAAAUACCAACCAAAACCCA